GCCCGGGACCCCGGCUGGGGCGCGGCGGGAGCCCGGAGCCCGGCGCCCCUAUGCACAGCCGCCUCGCCGCCGCCGCGCCACAGCCAUGACCCUGAGCACGGAGAUGUCCGAUGCCUCGGGCCUCGCCGAGGAGACAGACAUCGACGUGGUGGGGGAGGGCGAGGACGAAGACGACGAGGAAGAGGAGGACGACGACGAGGGCGGCGGCGGCGGCGGCGGCGGGGCGCGGUUGGAGGUCCCCGCGCAGCGGCGGCGGCGGCGGCGCUCGUACGCCGGGGAGGACGAGCUGGAGGAGCUGGAGGAGGAGGAGGAGGACGAUGACAUGCUGCUGGCCCCGCGCGCGGGGGGCUCCCCGGCGCCCCGCCCGGCCCCGGCGGCAGGGGCGGGCGCGGGCGGCGGGGGCGGCGGCGCGGGCGCGGGCGGCGGCGGCGGCGGCGGCGGGGGCGCGGGCGGCGGCGCCAAGAACCCGCUGGUGAAGCCGCCCUACUCGUACAUCGCGCUCAUCACCAUGGCCAUCCUGCAGAGCCCCAAGAAGCGGCUGACGCUGAGCGAGAUCUGCGAGUUCAUCAGCGGCCGCUUCCCCUACUACCGGGAGAAGUUCCCCGCCUGGCAGAACAGCAUCCGCCACAACCUCUCGCUCAACGACUGCUUCGUCAAGAUCCCCCGCGAGCCCGGCAACCCGGGCAAGGGCAACUACUGGACGCUGGACCCCGAGUCCGCCGACAUGUUCGACAACGGCAGCUUCCUGCGCCGGAGGAAGCGCUUCAAGCGGCAGCCGCUGCUCCCGCCCAACGCCGCGGCCGCCGAGUCCCUGCUGCUGCGCGGCGCGGGGGCCGGGGGCGCGGGCGACCCGGGGGCGGCCGCCGCGCUCUUCGCGCCCGCGCCCCCGCCGCCCCCGCCGGCCUACGGCUACGGCCCCUACGGCUGCGGCUACGGCCUGCAGCUGCCGCCCUACGCGCCGCCCUCCGCCCUCUUCGCCGCCGCCGCCGCCGCCGCCGCCGCCUUCCACCCGCACUCGCCGCCGCCGCCCCCGCCGCCCGGCGGCGCCGAGCUGGCCCGGACCGCCUGCUACCGGCCGCCGCCGCCGCUCGGCGCCGCGCUGCCCGGGCCCCUGCAGGCCGCGGCGGCCAAGGCGGGGCCGGGCGCCUCGGCGCUGGCGCGCUCGCCCUUCUCCAUCGAGAGCAUCAUCGGGGGCAGCCUGGGCCCGGCCGCCGCCGCCGCCGCCGCCGCGCAGGCCGCCGCCGCCGCCGUGCAGGCCUCGCCCGCGCCCUCGCCGGGGCGGCGCCGCCCGCGCCCCCGCGCCCCCCGCGCCCCCCGCGCCGGGGCCGGCGGCGGCGGCUGCGCGGCUCAGGCGGCCGUGGGCCCGGCCGCCGCGCUCACCCGCUCGCUCGUGGCCGCCGCGGCCGCCGCCGCCUCCUCCGUCUCGUCGUCGGCCGCGCUGGGGACGCUGCACCCGGGGCCCGCCCUGUCCAGCGUGGAGAGCUUCGCGGCUAGGAUUUCCAAUUGUUAAUAACGCGGCGCCGGCGCGCCCGAGCGGGAGAAGGUAGGCACCCCGGCCGCUUUCCGUCUCGGUGGCUCGGCGUUUCGUUCGCUCCUCCCGGCGCGGCCCCAUUUUCGCCGCUUCGGAUUCGCAGACGAGACAGUGUUUGGCACCAGCUGGGGCGCGCCUUUGGGCUCUGCGGGUCCCUCUAUUUAUGCAAAGUCGCCCUGUGCUGCAGCCCCCGACCGACCGCGGUGGGGAGGAAGAGGGUGCUGGGUGGGGGGGGUGGCGUCCUGUCUAAGCACGAGGGGCUUCCUUGACUUUGGGGAAGUUUUUAAAAAUCUAAGCCUUUUUGAGGUCUAGAGAUUCUCAGGUCCAGGCGCUAAAAAAAAAAAAUCAGUCAAUCAAGUGCAAAGAAAGAAUAAUACAAAAAUAGUAAAGGUCCCGAAGAAUGCCAGCGAAGAGAUACUUUUUAUUUGAGGACACUUGUCUGGUGUACGCUUUCAUGAAAAGGAAAAAAUGAUGAACAUGUUUACACAAGGAAAAAAGUCAAAACCAUCAUUUUUUAUUUUAACCUGUGUUUUGUAUCAUAAUAGACAUGCAGAAUUUUUAUUUUGUACUUACUGCGUAUUCUUUACAAGGAGUAUUGUAAAUUUUACUGGCAAUUAUUAUUGUACUAUUCUAAUGUAAGAUUUUUACACUUUUUCAGAAUAAAAAGCUUAAUUUUCAAAGAAAAUCUACCAAAA